AUCUGUUGAAUAAUUGAUUUGAAUUUUUCAAUAAAAAAAACAAAACACUUAAAUUGGGACAAUUUUUUGUCCACUUUAUGUAUAAAAUACUUAGUUUUAAAAACAUCCUGACAUUAGUAACCAGGCAAAACCUGUCAGAGAAAAAUAAAAUCAGUCGAUGAGAUUUGUUACUGAACAGGGGCUGAUUUCUAGCACAUUAGUAAAAAAACAAUUCCAAAAACAAUUGUCAGAAAAAAAAAAAGGUGACGGUACAUUGUAUUGCGAUACCACUUUUCCUCAUAGGCCCACCAGGGUGCAGUCCUCACCAGGACCCAGGAGUACUUCCUCUACCUCAUCAUCAGGGACAACCACACCACGCCCUGCAACAGCUACCCCGACUGUGCCCCCAGCUGCUCCAUCCCGUCCCACCCAGCCUCCUGCCAGGCAAGCUGUGCAACUGAGUGACUUACAGAAUAUUUUGUCCAACAUUAACGUACCCACUGAGAAUGCAGAACAGCCAAGAGAAACUGUGGAUCUGUCCAAUGUGCUCAACCCUGAUUCACUGAUGCCCUUACUGGCAGACCCAGAGUUCCGUGAGCAGCUUGCUCCAUUUCUUCCAGCUGGCGAGGAGCUGCCACAGAGUCCCACAGAACUGUCAAGCACCUUGCGUUCACCUCAGUUCCAGCAGGCCUUGGGAAUGUUCAGUUCUGCACUACAGUCGGGGCAGCUUGCCCCAUUGAUGGGGCAGUUUGGUUUCAGUGAUGACGUUAUGGGAGCUGCUAGGAGAGGAGAUAUGGUUGAAUUUGUGCGAGCCGUUCAGGAAUCGUCUCGUCCGAGCACCGCUGACAGCACCAGUACCUCUGAUGAAACCUCACGGCCAACUACGGCCGGUAAUGAAGAUCAGGAGACUGAGGACAAAGAUAAGGAUGAAGACGAGGCAAUGAGCUUGGACUAAGAAAUGUUAUCCUUGACCGUGUGGAACUGAAGUAGAUUUAUAGCAAUCCCGGGUAGUAAUGCACAAGUAGUCGAUUUGAAGUGUUUUUUUUUUCUCUUUAUUAUGCAGGCUUGUUCACAAAGAAACGUCUUUGUAACAGUUGUGUGCUCAUUAAAAUUUGCCAGAUGGUAUCAACGA